ACUUGUAGAGCUAUAUGAGAGGGAAAUUAUUGGGAGGCGGUCCAUUUACGGACCAUUUCAGAAACUUUUGAAAUUUCAGUUAGUACUGUACUAGCUGCAGGUCAAUUAUAACAGCUAAAUAAAGAAAAAAAAGAUAGUCAAAUGUCAAAGGCAAACUACCAGACAAACUAAACCGUCCUUCAUUCUCCGAUCAACACCUAAACAAGCGGUCGUGAACACUGAAGAGAACUGAACAAGAAGAGCAACAAAAUAUGGAGACUGAAGAUCUGCGAGAAGUAAUAGAGAAGAUUGAGUUAGUCGACGGUCACGCUCACAAUAUUGUGUCGAUUGAUUCUUCAUUUCCUUUCAUUAAUGCCUUCUCCGAAGCUACCGGUCACGCCUUGUCCUUCGCUCAUUCAUCUCUCUCUUCCAAGAGGAACUUGAGGGAUAUUGCUAAAUUAUAUGGCUGUGAGAAUACAUUGCAAGCAGUCGAAGAAUAUCGCAGAGCUGCUGGCUUGGAUUCCAUUAGCUCAAUAUGCUUCAAAGCUGCGGGGAUUUCUGCAAUUCUCAUUGAUGACGGAUUGAAGUUGGACAAGAAGCAUGAUAUUGAUUGGCACAAGAAUUUUGCCUCAUUUGUUGGCCGAAUACUUAGAGUUGAAAGCUUGGCAGAAGAGAUUCUAGACAAAGGGACAACUGAUGGAUCAAGUUGGACAUUGGAUAACUUCACUGAAAGUUUUAGGGAAAACUUGAGAUCAGUUGGUGAUAAAAUAUGUGGCUUGAAAAGUAUAGCUGCAUACCGCACUGGCCUCGAAAUAAAUACAAAAGUCUCUAGAAAAGAUGUUGAAGAAGGUCUAGCUGAAGUUUUACAUGGUGGCAAGCCUAUUCGCAUAGCAAAUAAAAGCCUUAUCGACUAUGUAUUCGCCUGCAGUUUGGAGGUUGCCCUAGAGUUUGACUUGCCAAUGCAGAUACACACCGGUUUUGGAGACAAAGAUUUGGAUCUACGCUUGUCCAAUCCUCUACACCUUAGAAUGCUUCUUGAGGAUGAGAGAUUUUCUAAGUGUCGUAUUGUUCUUUUACAUGCAUCAUAUCCAUUUUCAAAGGAAGCAUCAUAUUUGGCCUCUGUUUAUCCGCAGGUGUACCUUGACUUUGGCUUAGCUGUUCCUAAACUCAGUGUCCACGGGAUGAAAUCUUCACUCAAAGAACUGUUGGAGCUAGCUCCAAUUAAUAAGGUUAUGUUCAGCACUGAUGGCUAUGCGUUUCCUGAAACCCACUACUUAGGCUCAAAGAAAACACGUGAAACUGUGUUUUCUGUGUUACAUGAUGCUUGCUGUGAUGGUGACCUCACAGUUUCCGAAGCCAUUGAAGCCGCUGAAAACAUCCUAGCACAAAAUGCAAUAAAGUUAUACAAGAUUAAAAUUGGCGCGGAAGCCUUUAGUGAUGACAUUGACAACAGCAAUAGUGCUGCAGAUAGUGGAGUUUCACUUGUUCGUAUCAUCUGGACUGAUGCAUGUGGACAACAUCGAUGCCGUGUUGUUCCCAUAAAACGCUUUAACAAUGUAGUGAAGAAGAAUGGUAUUGGUUUAACUUUUGCAUGUAUGGCGAUGAUUUCAGCUGUUGAUGGUCCAGCAGAUGAGACUAAUCUGACUGGAGUGGGUGAGAUCAGGCUUAUUCCUGAUUUGUCAACUAAAAGGAGACUUCCAUGGAUGAAACAAGAGGAGAUGGUUUUGGCUGACAUGCACCUUAGACCUUCUGAACCAUGGGAGUAUUGCCCGAGGGAAGUCUUACGAAAGGUUUCUAAAGUCUUACAAGAUGAGUUUAACUUGGUAAUGAAUGCAGGAUUUGAAAAUGAGUUUGUGCUCUUGAAGAGUGUAUUAAAGGAGAAAGAAGAGUGGGUGCCGAUUGACUCAGCAUCCUACUGCUCUGCAGCAGGGUAUGAUGCUGUUGCCCCUAUACUUCAUGAAGUUGUCGCAGCACUUGACUCCCUAAAUAUCCCCGUGGAUCAGUUGCAUGCAGAAGCUGGGAAAGGCCAGUUUGAAUUGGCCCUGGGUUAUACAACCUGUAUACUCUCUGCUGACAACCUGGUUUAUGCUCGAGAGGCUAUAAGGGCUGUUGCAAGGAAACAUGGAUUACUGGCGACUUUUGUGCCAAAGUAUGCCUUAGAUGACAUUGGUUCUGGAUCCCACGUUCAUAUCAGUUUGUCACAGAAUGGGAAAAAUGUUUUUAUGGCAUCUGAUGGUUCCUCCAGGCAUGGAAUUUCAGCCAUUGGGGAGGAGUUCAUGGCAGGAGUUCUGCAUCAUCUUCCUUCAAUUUUGGCCUUCACAGCACCAAUUCCAAAUAGUUAUGAUCGGAUACAGCCUAACACAUGGAGUGGAGCAUAUCAGUGCUGGGGAAAGGAAAACAGGGAAGCUGCACUAAGAACUGCUUGCCCGCCAGGAAUAUCAGAUGGUCUAGUCAGCAACUUUGAAAUUAAAUCUUUUGAUGGAUGUGCAAAUCCAUACUUGGGAUUGGCUGCUAUAAUUGCAGCCGGCAUUGAUGGCCUGAGGAAGCAUCAAUCUCUGCCUGAACCUGUUGAUAUAAAUCCUUUCAUUCUAGAGGCAGAGCUACAAAGAUUGCCUUCAUCGCUUUCUGAAUCUUUAGAAGCUUUAAAGAAAGACAAAGUCAUGGAGGAUCUUCUAGGGGAAAAGCUUUUGGUCGCCAUUAAAGGAGUCCGCAAGGCUGAGAUUGAGUACUAUUCAAAGAAUAAGGAGGCAUACAAGCAAUUGAUACAUCGCUAUUGAUUACGUUACCGUUAACUUGAUAGUGUUUGCACCGGCCCAAGGAAUUAGCUGUUGGACUCAAAUUAUGACGCGGAGUAAUUAAUCCUAACCAUCAUUGAACCUUUUAGUUUUUUUAUUUCAGUCAUUAAAUAAUUUUUCUUUUCGAUCAUUGAAUUUUCAUUAUUUUUCAUUUUGGUAUUUUCGGUCAAUAGGUGGCGGCCGGAAGAUGACAUGUGGCUAUCGGAUUUUACUAGUUUUACUUCGAAAAGUUAUCACAUAUACAUAAUUUCACUUUGAAAAUGAGUUUUUAGGUCAAAUUAUGCAUAUAUUACAAGUUUUCAGGUAAAAAAAUAAAUUAAUUCCGGCUGUCACCUAAUCAGUUUUGGCUGAAAAAUAUCAAAAUUAAAAAAAUUAAAAAUUUGGUGAUCAAAAAGAAAAAAAAUAGUUCAGUAAAAUUCAAAAGUUUAUUGAUCUUCAGAAUCAAUUAUCUUGAUAUAUCUUCUUUGAACAUCUUUAACUUAUGAGCUUGUUGAACUCUGUUUUCUUUUAAGGGACAGUAGCACUUUUACUUAGCCA